UGUUGGUGGCAUUCCUUCCGUUCCUGUUCUGUGUUGUUUUGAUCUUGUGAACGCCUUGAAGGAUGUUUUGUGGCGAGUGCGACGUCACUUCACGUCAUUUUCUGUUACCAUGACCUGCUGCGUGUUUGGCUGCCAAUAUAGUUUUAGCAAAGGCAAGAAUAUGUUCGCGAUACCGUCCGGUAAGCGCAACGAGUUAAGAAGAAAGACAUGGCUUCACCGAAUCGGGAGGGAGAACUUCCGACGAACUUCCUCCGCGCGACUAUGUGAUAUGGCACAUACCCACUGUAGGGACCGGCCAAGCAUUAGGCGGUUCGGAGAAAAUGGAUGAAAAAAGUCCAGAAAGAACGUAUUAGGGGAAGACGUGUUCUACCUGGUGUUCAAAGUGUAACAGUCGUCAUGCUGAAGUCAGCCCAAAAAUAGUACUCCUUACAUGCGGACGAUAAGACGACGACAAGGAAGAAGAAGCGCGCAUGCUUGGAAUUCACGCGCUUGCACACGGGAACAGGACAACGGAACCAUGAACCGCACCUCGAAGAACGAAGUUCAACGGUUCCCGAAGCAUCUUUCUCAGUCGAACGACCGACGAGUUUCCUUCGCCGAAGAGAGCGUCGCGACCAGCACCGACGAAACCACCCGAAGCAACUCGCAGCCGUUCCCAGUGAGCCUGGCAGCCGUUCCCGGUGGCCUACCGCGGUCCUCGUCGACUGCCCCCCGCACCUCGACUGGAGGCGGUUUCAGCCAGCGCACACAGAGCUGCGGGCACGUGUUCGCGCCUAUGGAUCCCUCGAUGACCGCUCUGCUCGGUCUUCGGCUGACUCCGGGUUCGCUCGCUUGUGAACCAGCGAUGACACCCAGCGCCUACUCACCGCCAGGAAGUCCUUACUGGGUACCCCCGCCAUUCGGAAGCAGCUGGUCGGACGCCUUCGAGCAGCCUUCCUCAGAGACACGAUUGUUCAAAGAAGCGCCACCUGCAGAUGACCGCGACAGUUCGGCGUUCCUCUGGCUGCGCAACAUCGGCGUCGGCAUGAUGCUGGCUGCGAUGCUGACCGUCGCGCUGGCGCUGGUGCUGACCAUGGACAUGCAGGACUCGGACAUCAGGCCGUGGCCUAGCUCGCCACUAGCGGGCGGGAUAGAAAGUAUCGGCUCAAGCAGGGUCGCAGUCCCACUGGGGCCGAGGAAUGUGCCGCUAGAAGGAAGAACAUCACAGGCGCGCGACGUGACCAGGCAUCACCGACGCGCGGUUAGAGUCGAGCGCCGCGACAGGGCAUUGGCAGUGCAGCAACCCCGCCUACCGCAGCCUGAUGCCGAUAACCGUACGCAGCUGUCGCAACGGUGCCGGAGCCACUUCCACAGCUACUGCCACCGCGGCCGCGACGAGGUCUACUACAGCGCCUCCUUGCGCGCCUCGACGGAGGCCGACAGCGUGCACGUCUGCAACCACGGCGCCAACAGGUUCACCAGCCUCGAGAGCUGCCUCGCCAGCUGCGUGAACGUCGGCACUGGGAGGCCGCAGCGGCACUGCUACGAGUACGCCCUCUUCAGCACAUGCUCGUGGCAGGACGUACCGGAAACAUGGUGGUUCUUCGACGGCUCCCUCUGCAGCCAGUGGAACUUCCCCCGGGGCGAGUGUCCGCUUCAAGAUGGACGCGUGUUCCGCACGCGCCGGGAGUGCGACGCGGCGUGCGUGCAUCGUGAGCGAGGCGACAGCGACGAGCGACGCCGCUGCGACGCUCCCGACGCCGGCACCUGCACGCCGCACCAGGUGCAGCACCCGUACUUCGCCGACAUGCGCGCUGGCGGCCCGGCUCGCUGCGUCGUCGCGUCGAGCGGCGAACUCGUCACGCUCCGCUGCCUCGUCGGCUCGAACCGAUUCGACUCGAUGGCGAGCUGCGAACGCGCUUGCCUCGAGUUAUGACGGGCUGUAACGAAGUGGCCCGAUAUUCGUACGUUAUGUGUGGCAUUAAAAGCCGACGUAGAUUUGA